AUGACCGGCUUGGACGAUGCGCUGGUGGUACUCAGCUGGUGCGGCUGCGUCGCAUGGAUGGUCAUCUGUUUCCGAACGUUCCAGUAUGGCUUCGGUCAACAUAUGUGGAAUGUGACUAUGCAGCAAAUGUUGGGCUAUACGAAGAUGCUCGUCGGUAUCAUGGUGGUGUAUGUCUGGACUCCAGCUCUAGCUAAACUCUCGUUAUUAGCUCUGUACUACCGACUCAAUCCAGAUCAGAAAGUCCAAGCAGCCAUCUACGCAUUGGCAGUCCUGGUCACUGGAUACUCCGUGGCCAUCACCAUAGUCGCCGCCGGACCCUGCAAUCCGCGAACCCAUACGGACCAGAAGUGCCUUACAGACCUCAACCUGUUCAUGGCCUGUAUAAACAUAAUCACAGACUUCUUGAUCCUGUGCCUGCCGAUACCGAUGUUGCGCGCCCUGCAACUACCUGUUAAACAAAAGAUAUUACUGGGCUUCGUGUUCGCUCUGGGAUCUGGUGUCGUCGUCAUAUCAACCGUUCGCAUCAUCUACGUUUACAGUAUGAUUAGCGAUCCCGACGCAACUUACAACGUGGCCAAGGCAUGCAUCUUCUCUACGGUCGAGCUCAACGGCGGAGUCAUUUGCGCAUGCGUUGCGCUACUGAAGCCUUUCAUACAGAAGUACAUGCCCUGGAUACUGGCCCUUUCGAGUGGAAGCGGAAGCGGAGAUGGAUCCAGGAUUCGCAAGUUGAAGAUCUUCGUGAAACGGAGCGGGGAGAAGAGUUAUGAACUACAAAGUGCAGACGCAGAUACAGAUGCGAUUAAGCAUGCUGAUGAUAGGCCGGAUCAUCGUAUUGCCGUCACCAAGUCAUACAGCGUUCAAGGCUCGAAGACUGGGAAAAGUGAUGGUGACAGCAUGGAAGACCUUUUCGCGCCUAAUGCGGGCUGGAAUGGUGGUCGGUAG